AUGGAAUGGAUCCGAAAGGACCCGUUUGCAUUUUGGCAGGACAAAAAUGUCUACAGACGAAUUGACGACUUGAAUGUUAAUGAGGAGGACAUUGCAAGGGCUAUCGACUGGAACGAAAAAGAACCGGCUUGCCGAGCACAGAACCUGGUAACCAAAGUACUGAGGGGUCAGCCAAUAAAAAUGAUAGUGAUGGGCGGAUCAAAUUCAGCCGGUGGUGGAGUUUCUAAUCACAUGCGCCUUUAUCAUCAACUUUUCUCUCAAUGGUGGAAUAGUGUGAUUUUUCCACAAACUAGGUCGAAGCUCACAGUUGAAAAUUUAUCACUUGGAGGAACCGGAAGCGAUUUCUUUACCUUUUGCUUCCAAAAUUUUGUUACCCAAAAUGGUCAACCAGAUAUACUGCUCGUCGAGUUAUCGGUUAACGACUAUGGAUAUUUACACGGUGCAACUGCUAAACCAAUGGAGCUCUUAACUCGACGGGUCCUAUCAUUUCAGACGCUGCCGUUAGUUUUGUACGUCAGUUUAGUUGAUCUUGUAAAGAAAAGUGAAUCUUUGGAAAGCAUAAACAACCCCAAUUGUCAUAACUUGGAGGACUUAGGGCAACGAGAACUUGCAAAACACUAUGAAAUAACUUUGCUAAGCUGGCGUGACAUUCUUUGCCCUGUGAACAGGAAGACUCGAAGGCGUCAACCCUAUCUACGACCAGGAAUGGUGAAUAAGGAUCAUUUGCAUAUAGACGUAAAAGGACAUGCUCAGACUGCUUUAAUGAUGAUUCGAUACUUCCAGAAUUCUCUUGAGAGGGCAGCAGUAAGCGCUUCGUAUGGUCCACAGCCACAAUGCGCGAACCCUGGUUUGAGUCCUCCCUUGUACGCUGAUGCAUCGUCGCUUGUUACGAACCCACUGUGCUGGGCGUAUGUCAAUCCAAGAUGGGGAAAAUCUAACGUAUUUCAAACUCUUCAAGUCACUGUUAAAAGGAAGGAAAAAUUCGAGGAGCUUCCAUUAGAAAACAUUGAAGCAAAUGUGGGAUACAAUAAUGAUAAGGAUGACAGGAGCGACGCCUUUGGUGGUUGGAGGUCAGCUCGGGCUGGAAGUUUAAUCGAAUUUUCUUUUCAAGUUCCAGCUGCGACGAAUUAUAAAGGGUAUGCAUCUAACAGUUACUCACUAGGCAUGGUGAUCCGACGUUUGACCCAAAAUUCAGGACAAGUCAAGAUGUGGUUGGACAACAACAAAAAAGCUGCAGUAACCAUCGUGGGGAAAAGGUUUGGUAGAGUUCACUUCCAAACUCGCGUCUACUUUGUAGACUCAAACGUCCUUCCUGGUCACCAUACUUUAAGACUGGAGACAACAGGUAACAAAGCAAUUGGGCUUUUAGUCAGUGGCAUUGUGCUAGGUCCUUCUGGUAUUCGAGGGUUUAAGGGUUAUAAACCUACUGGUACCCUUGAAAAAGUAUGGAGUAGAGAAGACUAUGAAAAGUUUAAAAUAUGA